UGCCGUUGGGCCGGAAGUUGUCCGAGCGAGCGGAAAUGCCUUUUGGGUUUGAACGUUUCAUCGAUACCUCAAUUCCAAUCGACUUGCAUCGUAUGCUGCUAUACUUUGUGCGGCACGGAGAGACUGACGACAAUGCCAAUGGGAUCAUCCAAGGACAAAAGGAUACCCCUCUAAACGAUCACGGACGCCUCCAGGCUGAGCUGCUCGCUGACCGCUUGGAGAAUAUCUCAUUCGACCAAGCAUGGACCUCGGAGCUAUCUCGAGCUCGAGAAACUGCGGAGAUACUCCUCUCUCGACAUCCUCAUACACCGUUGUACACCCAUCCCAAGAUAAAAGAACGGUUCUUGGGCAGCAUGCAGGGGAAGCAAUGGCCAAGAGGUAUGAAGCGGCCUGAUGACAUGGAGCCCGGUGACGAAUUUCAGCGGCGGGUCUGCAGCUGGGUCUUUUCGUUCUUGGACAGCUACGCCAAAGGGAACGAUUUUUCAAGCUUGGCUUUGCAUGAUCCACCGUCGUCUCCCUCACUCAUGUCACAUGGCGAGCCAAACAUUCUCAUUGUCAGCCAUGGUGCUUGGAUAGCGACUCUCCAAAGAUCGCUCCCCGCCUUUCCGUUCACCACGUUGCCCGCCGUCGACUUGCGAAGGAGCUGCCGGAACACCAGCAUGAUGGUUGUCCGCUGCAGGCCGACUCGAAGCCAGGAUAUGGAGAGGCGUGAAUUGGCCUAUCAACAGGCCAAGAAGGACUGGAGAGAGCAAAAGGCAAAGUCUUCCACUUUCCCUAGCCUUGGACACCAGCUCAAAGACAAGGCUGAAGCCGUCUUGCAUCGUUCCCGCGAUCCUGAGCCCUCGUCGUCGAUCGCUCCUCAGCCGAGACGAGUCAUUGAAAUGGGCUGGGAGGGAGAGUUAUUGUGCUGGGGAGAUGUCAGUCAUCUUGCAGAGCUUGAUAGGACGCAGGAAGAGGCUAGACGAGUGCAGAAAGACGUCAUGGCGCAGGAAGUAGCGGACGACGUGGCAACUUGACACCUGCCGAUGACGCUGAAUCGCCCGAAGACUAGUAUCCCAUAACAAGGGCGCAGGUAGCCCUCAGCAUCAAGCUAAUUGACGGAAACUAGGAUCACGAUUUGUCCCACUUCGUUGUUAACACUCGACAUCGACCUGAGGAUCCUA